ACCGUCGGAUAAAAACGUCAACAAACCGGCGCUGCAAAACGUCAACAACCCAUUUGAAACCUAUUGAAGGAGGACACGCGUUGUAUGCAUUUUAAAUCGAUUUUUGUGACCAGCAGUAGGCCGUGCUGCUGUCGCUAGUGCAGUUUACACCGCAGACUCGCGAUGCUGGCGAUUCGUCCGUUACUUCUGUCGAAAGUACUAUGGCUGCCAUCGGUCACCGGUCACCGGAUGGAGCUACUAAGAACAAAAGGAUCCAUGCCGGUGGUGGAGAACGAUAAACCAGAAAAGCUUUCCUACUCGCCGUUCGGAACCAAGCAAUCCGGCUGGGGUGACUGGGCCGUGGCCCGACUCGAUGAUGUUCUGAACUGGGGGCGCAAGGGUUCAAUCUGGCCGCUUACUUUCGGGUUAGCGUGCUGCGCUGUUGAAAUGAUGCACAUUGCCGCCCCGCGCUACGAUAUGGACCGCUUCGGAGUGGUGUUCCGCGCCUCUCCGCGCCAGGCGGACGUCAUCAUCGUCGCCGGUACGCUGACGAACAAAAUGGCACCGGCGUUGCGGAAGGUAUACGAUCAGAUGCCGGAACCACGCUGGGUCAUCUCGAUGGGAAGCUGUGCGAAUGGCGGCGGCUACUACCACUACUCGUACUCGGUCGUCCGUGGCUGCGAUCGCAUCAUACCGGUCGAUAUUUAUGUGCCGGGUUGUCCACCGACCGCCGAGGCCCUCCUCUACGGCGUGCUACAGCUCCAGAAGAAGGUGAAGCGCAUGAAGACAGUGCAGAUGUGGUAUCGCAAAUGAAGUUCCAGUGGCGGUUUGUAGAAACUCGUAAAUAAAUUUCCCAAACUUUC